ACUGGGGCUCUUUUCACAAUCGUCCUUCUUUCACCAACCUCACAGCUAGCAGCUGUAAAUUUCUUCCACAGAGAAAGAGACAGAGCCAGAGAGAGAGAGAGGGAAUUUGAUUCCCCCAUCGAUCAUGUCGUUCUCGUUCUUCAAGCCGUCGAGGCCCAAAACCCCUCAGGAGGUCGCCAAGGCCAUUCACGACAGCCUCACAGCCCUCGACACCCAGACCGUCGCCGAAGUUAAAGCCCUCGAAAAGGCGUUGGAAGAGGUUGAAAAGAAUUUCGGGAUUAUGAGAUGUAUGCUUGUCGGAGAUGCGGAGACGGAACCUAAUAUGGAACAAGUUUCGCAGCUUGUGCUCGAGAUAUGUAAGGAGGAUGUUCUUGCUCUUCUAGUUCACAAGUUACCUAUACUGGGAUGGGAAGCAAGAAAAGAUUUGGUCCAUUGUUGGUCCGUGUUAUUGAAGCAAAAGGUUGAGGAUACUUAUUGCUGCGAACAAUACAUUGAGGACCAUACUGAGCUGCUAGACUUUCUGGUCGUGAGCUAUGAUAACAAGGAAAUUGCCUUAAAUUGUGGAGCUAUGUUGAGGGAUUGCAUCAGAUUCCCUAUUCUUGCAAAAUACAUAUUGGAGUCUGCAAGCUUUGUUUUGUUCUUCAAAUUUGUGGAGUUGCCUAACUUUGAUGUAGCUUCUGAUGCAUUUUCUACCUUUAAGGACUUACUUACUAAACAUGGAACGGUGGUAUCUGAAUUUUUGACUGCGCACUAUGAUGAGUUCUUCGAUCUGUAUGAAAAACUGUUGACAUCUCCUAACUACGUGACUAGGAGGCAAUCUUUAAAGCUUCUUACGGAUUUCCUAUUGGAGCCUCCAAAUUCUCAUAUAAUGAAACGCUACAUUUUAGAAGUUCGGUUCUUGAAAGUCAUGAUGAUGCUGCUGAAGGAUUCAAGCAAAAACAUCCAGAUUGCUGCCUUCCACAUUUUCAAGGUCUUUGUUGCUAAUCCUAAUAAGCCUCGAGAAGUCAAGGUUAUUCUGGCUAAGAACCAUGCAAAAUUGACGGAGUUGCUCCAGAAUCUUUCUGCUGGAAAAGGUGAUGAAGAUGACCAAUUUGAAGAGGAAAAGGAGCUAAUCAUCAAGGAAAUUGAAUUAGUAACCCAACAACCUAAUCUUGGAUACUAGUUUGUGUCUCCUAGUUGCCUUUCUUCCCAAGUCCUAUAUUCGAAUUUUAAUGCUUUUACUGUGAUGAUCUUCUGACAAACGCUGUUUGCCAACAAACAAGGAGAUAAAAAGGAAUUCAUAGAACAGGAUGGUUUCAAUGCACUAGCAGGAGUGGAUGUAUCAAGAACUGUAUCCCCUUGUGAUCUUGUUGAAUUAAAAAAGAAAAGAAGGAAAUUCUUUUCGAUACACACAUUAUUGUAAAAGUGGUUGUUAUUCAGUGAUUUUGAGCACUGUAUGAGUCAUACUCAGUAGUUACUUGUUCUA